CGAUCAAAAAGAGAAGAUAAGUCCUCCAACAGUAGCCGUGGUACCAGCAACGCAGAAACAUCGUUCAGAGAUACAUUUGGAGCUACCCCUGUGAAGCUGGGGUACACUCUCGCUGAGGAGACUGCUAGCCAAGCAAGUACUGAUUUAUCAUCACUUGCUGUGUCUCAUUGGAAUACUGAUACAGGUGCUUCUCGUCAUAUGACCCCUCACCGACAAUGGUUCCGACUCUAUGCUCCACAUGUCGUUCCCAUUCGUCUUGCAGACAAUUCAGUCAUUUAUUCAGCAGGGAUUGGGUCAGUAGUAUUGGAGCCAGAGAUUCAGGGGGAGAAAGGCUCGGUGGUGGAACUUCUUGACACAUUACAUGUACCAGCAUUG